UGGUUGAUUAUUGGAGUUUUAAAACUUAUUAUGAGUAUAUAAUCUUACUUAAAGAGUAGUCUAACAUGUUUGUAUUAUGUUGUAGAAUUUGACUUAUGUAGCCUCUUGAACUAUUUAUGUACUUUUUAUAUGUGGUAAUCAAGUAUUACAAUGUUGUGGAAAAGUCAUUGGUAUUUCUAUAGAUGACUUAUUUAGAUGUAUCUAUAAUUGAAAUUAAGUGCACGUAUUAUUUAUGUGUUUGGCUACAGAUAAAAGAUAUAUGGAAGAGUCAUCUAAAAAAAGGCUCAAUAGAGCCCAAAAAGUUAGUGCUCUCAUUAGGUUGUAUGCAACAAAACAUUUGUGCAAAGAGCCACAAAGAAAUAGUGAAUAUACAGGUUAUUUGUGGGUGAAUGAAAUUUUAGAAGGACACCCAGUUCGUUGCUAUGAAAUGUUUAGAAUGGAACCACAUAUGUUCCAUCAAUUAUGCAAUGAAUUGACAUGGUAUGGAUUGAAGGAUACUAGGCGAAUGAGAGUACAGGAGAUGGUUGCAAUUUUUUUAAAUACAAUUGGACAUGGGUUGGGAAAUAGGAUGGCACAAGAAAGAUUUCAACAUUCAGGAGAGACUAUUCACAGACAUUUUCAUGAAGUUUUAAUGGCUUGCUCGAAACUUGCAAUGGAAUAUAUCAAACCACAAGACAGGUCCUUUCAUCAUGUAUCAAACAAAAUAGAAAAUGAUAAGCGAUAUUGGCCAUUCUUUAAAAAUGCCAUUGGAGCAAUUGAUGGCACACAUAUUCCAUGUGUAGUCCCUGCUAGUGAGAAAUCAAAAUAUAUUGGAAGAAAAGGAAUCUCUACACAAAAUGUAAUGGCUGUGUGUGAUUGGGACAUGUGCUUUACUUUUGUCUUAGCUGGAUGGGAGGGCACUGCACAUGAUGCUCGCAUUUUUCAACAUACCCUGACAACUCGAUCCAUGAACUUUCCACACCCGCCUUCAGGUAAAUAUUAUUUGGUGGAUGCUGGCUAUCCAACACCAAAUGGAUAUCUUGGUCCGUAUAGACGGGAACGCUACCAUCUUCCUGAUUUUAGAAGAUCAACUGGAUUUGCAAAUAAUAACGAAAUCUUUAAUUAUUUUUAUUCAAGUUUACGGUGCACAAUAGAAAGAACAUUUGGAGUUUGGAAGAAAAGGUUUGCAAUUUUACGCAACAUGCCUAGCUAUGACUACGAUAUACAAGUUCAAAUUGUUGUUGCAUCAAUGGCGAUACAUAAUUUCAUUAAAAGACGCUCUAACUCUGAUGCUGAUUUUAUGCGUCAUGAGAGGGAAGAUCAGCAAGACUAUGAGGAUCAAGAAGACCAUGGCGUUGAUGAAUAUUCAUUCAUGACAUCUUUUUCAUCAUCUAUGAUUAGUAUUUGUGAUAUUAUUAGGGAUCAACUUGUAUAUGAUCAUCUUCAUUAA